GGAAAACAAAUAAAAUUAUAUUUUAAAUAAGAAAAGAGAAAAAUUGGAUAAUUUGUGAGGUGCGCAUCCAAUACAAUCCAAAAUAAAUACUAAGAAUUCCAGCUGCGACUUAGGUUUGAUCUUUUAGUUUGUAAUUUUAUAUUCUUUCUUCUACGUUACCUUAUCAUUGACUCCGCCCGCGUGUUGGUCUGGUUCGUUCCAAUCGGAUAAAAGAAGGCCUAGGUUUUGGUUUAGGUUUGGAUCAUGGGAAACCUAUUUUGUUUGUAUCAAGUAGACCAAUCGACAGUUGCUAUUAAGGAAUCGUUUGGGAAGUUUGAUGAUGUUUUGGAGCCUGGAUGUCACUGUGUUCCAUGGAUAUUUGGUAAACAGCUUGCUGGUCAGCUGACUCUCAGAGUUCAGCAGUUGGAUGUCAAGUGCGAGACUAAAACAAAGGAUAAUGUGUUCGUCAAUGUUGUCGCUUCCAUACAAUACCGGGCUCUCGCUGAUAAAGCAAGCGAUGCUUUCUAUAAGCUCAGCAACACCAGGUCCCAAAUCCAAGCCUAUGUGUUUGAUGUCAUAAGAGCUUUUGUUCCAAAGCUGAAUCUCGAUGACACUUUUGAGCAAAAGAAUGAAAUUGCAAAAGCCGUUGAAGAAGAACUUGAAAAGGCGAUGUCUGCAUACGGAUACGAGAUAGUUCAGACAUUGAUCGUUGAUAUAGAACCCGAUGAGCAUGUUAAGAGGGCAAUGAAUGAGAUCAAUGCUGCUGCAAGGUUGCGGAUGGCAGCUACUGAGAAGGCGGAAGCUGAGAAAAUUCUGCAAAUCAAGAGAGCCGAGGGGGAAGCGGAGUCCAAAUACCUAUCGGGUUUGGGUAUAGCCCGUCAGCGCCAAGCCAUUGUGGAUGGUUUGAGAGACAGCGUGUUGGGAUUCUCGGUGAAUGUUCCUGGAACCACUGCAAAAGAUGUGAUGGACAUGGUUCUAGUGACCCAGUAUUUUGACACAAUGAAGGAAAUCGGUGCGUCUUCCAAGUCGUCGGCCAUAUUUCUUCCUCAUGGACCGGGUGCAGUUCGUGAUGUCGCCUCCCAGAUACGUGAUGGACUUCUUCAAGGUUCUUCUGCCACUUGAAGUAAUUGUGUUUUACUUCCUUCCUUUUUGGAUGUAAUAAGUGUAAAAUCGUUUAAAACUUGAAUAUUAUGUGAUUGUAAGUUGGAAAGGAUGGUGGUUUUAUAUAUAAAUAAUAGUUUUGAUUUGAUUUGAUUUGAUUG